AUGCCUAUUUCUGUUCUCCAGACGGCUGUUCUUCAGUCUGCCAUCCUAGGAGGGUUGUCAAAUGUGUUGGCUCAGGCAAUUACAGCCUAUAAGCAUGAGGUAAAUAUUCAUAAUUUCCCGUCUCACGGAAAGGGAGGCAGAGCUGGACUAACCAUGAUGGCCACGAAGCAAUCGCUUGCUAUCAACUGGAUCCCUGUGCUUCAGUUCAUUCUCUUCAAUGCCAUAUCCGCACCACCAAAUUACUUAUGGCAACUACUUCUGGAGGAUAAUUUCCCAGCUCAUCCGUCAAGGUCUCAAGGAAAGGGGACAGACAAGAAGGCGGUUAAGCCAAGGCUAUCGAAGCGAAACACGGCUGCGAAGUUGGUACUCGACCAAACGAUCAGCGCCGCCUUCAACACAAUCCUGUUUUCAAUUUUCAACCGCUCCAUGAGAGCAGCCAUGCCUGCCGCACCAGUGGAGACCAACAUCUUCAAAGCCGUUACUCUGAUGGCAACCCCCGGCUUCAUCAACUUUGCCAAGGUCGACUUCGGAGCUGUGUGGAAGGCAACAAUGCAGGACUUCGGCCAUGUUAUUGUUGCGAAUUGGAAGGUUUGGCCGGCUAUUGCGCUUGUCAACUUUUCAUUGAUCAAGACGGUGCGGAUGCGGACCCUUGUCCUUGCUCUAGCCGGCCUUGGAUGGCGUGUCUAUCUAAGCUUGUUUGCUGCGGCGUGA